UUCUUUCAAAAGUAUGUGAGCGUGUAGCACUCCACCAGGCACCAACUGACGUCUUACCUAACCACCAAUCACCGUCUCUCUGUGCAUCAAAGUGGCAACAAAACCUGGCAUUCAACGGAAACCUCCCUUAUUCAUUCCACCUACUCUAUUCUAAAAGCAAUUGACCAGAAGAAAGUAACAGCAGUUAUUCUUUUGGACAUGAGCAAAGCUUUUGACAGCAUUAACCAUAAUAUACUGCUUGCUAAAUUGGAGGACGUUGGUGUCUCGUCUAGAUGCCUGGGUUGGUUUAAAAGUUACCUCAGCGAGAGAUACCAAGCAGUACGUAUCAACUCUACUCUAUCUGAGAAAUUGCCAGUGGUUAGUGGUGUCCCACAGGAAGUAUUCUGGGCCCGUUACUUUUCAGUAUUUAUGUGAAUGAUUUGCCGUCAGUCGCCAAAAAUUGUUCAUCAGAAUCGUAUGUUGAUGACACCAAACUCUUUCUGUCCUUCCGAAUCAAUGACUCGAACAUUGCGCUGACUGAUCUAAACGAGGAUUUGAUUAGAAUGCGAAACUGGUGUUUUGAUAACCUGCUCUUGCUGAAUCCAGACAAAACUAAAUUGAUGGUCUACGGAAGCCGCCAAAUGCUCGCGAAGUUACCUGAUUUUAGACUCUCGCUACUUGGUAAGAAGCUAACACCUGCUUCAUCAGUGAAAGAUCUCGGAGUUAAGUUUGAUCCAAUCCUCUCCUUCGACAAUCAUAUCCUUUCUACUGUUUCAUCCUGCAAGUCAAGUCUCUGCCAGAUAAAUCGCGCUAAGCAUGUCUUCCCUAAAAACCUUUUAAUAACUGUCAUCAACGCCUUAGUAUUUAGCAAACUCUACUAUUGUUCCUCUCUUUGGUCAAAUACUUCCUGCAGCAACCUAUCCCGACUUCAAGGAGUCCAGAACUUCGCAGCACGAGUA